CAAUAACAACACAUGUCUGUACAUUACACUGGUAAAGUAAAGUAACUGUGUUUUUUAUUAGGCAUAUUUUUCACUGGGUAUACACGUUGUUAUGCAAUAAAACAUAAGCAUGCCACGGAACGAUAAACGAUUUUCAUCGUCCCCUAUUAGUUUGCUUAUAUUGCAAGAACUGAAGCUUAUGAGGCAAGACAUGAAAGAUGAAUUUACAAAAUUAAGACAAGCUAUUUGUGAAAGCAACAUUGGAAAGAAUAAUUUCGAGGAUAUUGAGAAAAGAAUCCAAUUUACAUCUAGUUAUGGUUUGGACCUGAAUUGCUCUGAAAAUUUCACAGAAAAUAUUCCAUUGAAUAUUGAAGAACCUUCAAGUGAAAUCUCUAAUGAACAACCCGCAAUAACUGGAGCUCGAACCAUUGAACAUGAUGCACAAGAUGCAUGUGGUGGUGGAAUGAAUAUAAAACAUGAAAUUUUACAAGAUGUUUCCCAGCAAUCCUACAAUGAUGAACAAUUCAGUGAUAUUGGUGCUUGUAAUGCCUUUGGAAGUUUAAACCAAAACACAAUCACCAGUAGCAAUGAUAAUGUUACUUUAACAACACGAUCUGUUUCUAAUACAGGCACAGUUUCUCUAAUUCCAUCAGCCAAUGCAGUAAAGGAAAAAUCAAGUAACGAUGUUCGUAUUGUAAAAAGUGUUGCCCCACGAAAAAAUAUUGCUUCUACAAAUAGUAAAUAUCAACUCGACUUCAGCUCCAAGCAUCCUGGGACCAUUUACCCUAAUUCUAACGCAUCUUUGGACCAGCAGUCCUGUCUUUUAUCCUGGCAACAUUACAAUAAUAAUUAUAACUCGUCUAUGGAGCUAACGAAUGGUGCUAAUACUGAUUCCGAUGAUAUAACGAAUGGAAGUGAAUCAGACAGGCAUGUUAAAUUAAAAUAUGCAUGCAGACAAUGUGGAAAGCGAUUUAUAUCCGUUUACAAAAAGCGCCAACACAUAGUAACAGCCCAUCACCCACAACCAAAAUUUGUUUGCUCAUACUGCAAUAAAAUCUUCAUCAGCAAAAGCAUUCUUACAGUACAUGUGCGUCGUAAGCACACCGGUGAAAAACCCUUUUCAUGUCAUAUUUGUGGAUUGCAUUUUCACUGUGUGGGUGAUUGCAAUCAUCAUAUGAAGAGGGUUCAUCCAAUCACAUGAAUGAGGUUCAUGAAAUUCAUCAUGAAAAUAGCCUAGUAUUGCUAUAAGAUCUUUUUAUUGCUGUUGGUUAACAAUUCAUGAAAUCCACUGCAUUAAGCAUUGCUAGCAACAGAGUAAUUGUUGGAAUGCUAAAAGCGGCGCUUGUUUAAACUCUGCAUAUUUAUUACCCAUGAGUAAAAUAUUGCAUUCCCAAAAACAAGCAUGCGACAAACUGCCAUGGUAGGCUGUGCUUCCAUGGCAAUUAAGGUGAUGCGAUGUGAAUUUCAUGUGUACAAUAUUUUAUUCAGUGAUUGGCUGUAAUCAUAUACCUUGUGCUCGUGACCAAAUGUUUGAUAUAAAUGUCGGUAAAUUGUCGUUUUUUUAUUGUACGUGGGAGUAAACUUACAGCAUGACAUGGCAUGGGACCUACCUGAUAUUCAGGUCCAUUACCCUAACCUUUUAUAAGCUCAUUCUAUUCUAUAUGGGUAAGGUUUUAGAGCGUGGCAUGCCAUGGGACCUGGGAUUUAGACCAGAGUUGGCCCAUUGCCCUGUAGCAUAGUGCAGUAGCAAAAUCAACUGGUUUUCUUUAUAUAUUUAUAUGUAAUCAAGUUAAAAAACUUUCUUUUAUAAUCAUUGUAACCAGUGGUUCCUAAAUGUUACAACACGCUGGUGCAUUGUUUUAUCAUAAACCUACACAUUUUGAAAACUUGCACUUUAUGUCGUACUUUUACAAGAAAGUUGAUCUUAAACACAAUCUGGCCAAGUUUGAUUGUUGUAACUUGUAUCUAUAAUUAUAUUUUAUCAUGAACAUUAAAAUUAUUAAAUUCCUAUAUUAUCGCUGGUGCGUCACAAGCCCAGCAAACUUUUCUAAAUCUACACAAGUAAAACUUUUAGAACCAUUGCUGUAAAAUAUGGAUGCUGUUUUUUACUUUUAUCUUGCACUGCAUACUGGCUGUUUUACACGUAUCAAAUUUCUUCUUUUUCAG